AUGCCUAUCUCCUGGCCACCUACCUCCAUCCCCAAUGAGUUUGGCAUUGCCACUCUCUCUCUCGGCAACGCCAUACACCAUAAGCUCCCACCCCGCCUCGAAGCCGCAGCGAAAGCUGGUUACCGCUGGAUCGACCUCUUCGACGAGUGCUGGGCGGCCUACCUCGAGGAACAUGGACUUCCCGGUGACCAGCUCUGGGAAGCAACCCCUGACAACUUGCGGGUCGCCCGUAAACUCGGCGAUCUAGUCAAAUCAUUAGGUAUGCGUAUCGCAUGCACACAACCUCUACGCUGCAUCGAAGGUAUCAAGGAUCCAGCGGAGCGACGAGCCACGUUGGACCUUGUUGCGAAGCGCUUCCCAUUCAUGCGUGCCUUCGACACCGACCUCGUUUUCAUGUGUGCGAAUAUCCGUACCGAUACUGGCGUCACCUCCGACCUGAAGACUGUCGCACGCGAUCUCGCAGAGCUGGGCGACAUGGCCAAGGCAUACUCCGAUGCAGACGGCGGCCCCAUGCUGCGCAUCGGCUACGAGGGUCUUUCCUGGGCUGUGCGAAAUACUUGGGCGUCCACCUGGGAAGUUGUGAGAAUGGCAAAUCGUCCCAACGUUGGACUCAUAAUCGAUGCAUACAACGUGCUGGGUGUUGAAUAUGCGGAUCCGUAUAAUCCCGCAGGUCAUGGCCGCAUCUAUUCCACCGUGGAGGAGUCCACCGAUGUGCUCUGCGCGUCCUUAUCGUCCCUCGUGGCUUCCGUGCCUGGAGACCGCAUCUUCUUCUUCCAGGUGGGGGACGCGGAGCGUGUGGAUCCUAAGAAGUUUCUCCCUCCGACAGAUCCCAAGAUACCUGCGCUGCUACCAUGGUCACGCGGGCAUCGAUUGUUCCCGUUUGAAUCAGAGCGUGGGGGGUAUAUGCCAGUUCAUCUGGUUGCUGCCGCUGUGGUAGCGACUGGAUACAAGGGACCAAUGUCCCUGGAGGUGUUUAACAAUUCGUUGAAUGUUCCGGGUGAGGAUGUUGCCCCUGUACAUGCGGAGCGAGGAAUGACAGGUCUUCGCAAGCUGGCAGAGGCAAUCCCUCAAGUUCCGGCGUAUUGGGAGAUGUGGCAGCAGGGAAUUCGGUCCAUGCGGCAGGGCCGUCUAUAG